GCUUGUGCUCAGCAAAAACAGAGCAGUGCCAUACUGCAGCGGUGGAGCGGGGCACAGUAAUAGCAAGUAACGUUAGUAGUAAUUCAUGUUUACUGAUAAACCUCGUUUACUGAAACUAACACCUUUUUGUUACGUUGCGGGAUCGCCAAAGCAAACGAGGUCCCACAACAUCCUGUUGUAAGUUUUUGGCUUGGACCUGUGCAGGUGUGUUUGCUGCUUGGCUGGGUUUAGCUACAUGGUAUUGUUUUGCCUCAACAGUAAAAUAUCCUGAGUGGCACCUAAAACUGACAGCACAAGCGUGUUCUCUAUCUUUUUGGCUCAAGCGGUGUCUUUUACCGUAUGGUGCCCUUUUAAAUUCGUUUGAGAGUGUGUGAGAAAAGCAAGCGUCAUGUCAAGGGCGGACAGAGCCAUUAACAGUGAAACGGGAGAUUGGGGCUACAGUGAAGAUGCUGGUGAAAGGGCAUGGCUCCUGCAGAGCCCCAGCGUGGACUCUGUACAGCUGCCCAACCAAUCAGACGACAGAAGGGGAGGGACUACAUCACUCGGGGCUGUUUUUAUCGUGGUGAACGCUGCUCUGGGAGCUGGACUUCUCAAUUUUCCAGCUGCAUUUAACAUGGCCGGAGGGGUAACUGCUGGAGUUGCCCUUCAAAUGUGCAUGAUGGUGUUCAUCAUCAGUGGGUUGGUUAUCCUGGCUUAUUGUUCUCAGGUGAGCAAUGAAACAACAUAUCAGGAGGUAAUUCGUGCUGUGUGUGGGAAGGUUCUUGGUGUCAUUUGUGAGCUGGCCAUUGCUGUGUACACCUUUGGCACAUGCAUAGCUUUUCUUAUCAUCAUUGGGGAUCAGUUGGAUAAGCUGUUUGGUGCAAUGGAUCAAGAGGCGCACUGGUACACGGAUCGUAAAUUCACCAUUACUUUGACCUCAUUGCUGAUCAUUCUCCCUCUGUCUAUACCCAAAGAAAUCGGCUUCCAGAAAUACGCCAGCACCCUGAGUGUUAUUGGCACCUGGUAUGUGACGAUCAUAAUCAUCGUCAAAUACUUCUGGCCCGACAAUGACGUUUCUCCAGGACUUAUCCCAGUCAGGCCUGCAUCCUGGACUGAUGUGUUCAAUGCCAUGCCUACAAUCUGCUUUGGUUUUCAGUGUCAUGUCAGUAGUGUUCCUGUUUUUAAUAGCAUGAAAAAACCAGAAAUCCGGCCUUGGUGGGCAGUUGUUACUGCCAGCAUCAUUAUCUGCCUCUUUGUUUAUACAGGCACAGGGGUCUGUGGCUUCCUGUCGUUUGGCUCGACUGUAAGUCAGGAUGUGUUAAUGUCAUAUCCAUCUAAUGAUGUCGCAGUGGCUAUUGCUCGAGCCUUUAUCAUCAUUUGUGUUGUCACCUCCUAUCCAAUCCUGCACUUCUGUGGAAGGGCCGUGUUGGAAGGUCUAUGGCUGCGUUUUAAAGGAGAGGAGGUAGAGACAGAUGUGGCAAAGGAACGGAGGAGGAGGAUACUGCAGACGCUUAUCUGGUUUUGUCUCACGCUAAUCCUUGCUCUCUUCAUUCCUGACAUUGGAAGAGUCAUUUCACUUAUUGGUGGUUUGGCCGCAUGCUUCAUCUUUGUGUUCCCAGGGUUGUGUUUGAUUCAGGCAAAGCUUUCGGAGCACGAUGUCAGAUCAGCCAGCUGGAAUGGAAUGGUGGCAUUUGGGGUUGUCAUGGUUACUAUUGGUGCAUUCAUCUUUGGACAGACAACCACUAAUGCAAUCUACAAAGAUAUCAUCAAUCAUCCUGAUAGCCAAUAGCAGGAUAACUUGUGACCUCGUGGACAAUGGACUUAAAACAACAGAAACAAAGUGAAAACAUGAAGACAAACCAUGUCUAGUACUGACAUUAUUAUUUCUUCAGGUGACCAUUUUAAAUUUCUCUGUUUGCGAAAUGCACACUCAAGUUGGGAAGAUUCCAGAGAAUUCUAUACCUCCUAAUGUAGUGGAUUACCUACCAGCAUGCGGCAUUAAACCCCUCUGAUCGGGCUGUGUGUGAAUGGAUGACCACUAUACAUCUACAUUCGAAAUGGAUUUGGACAUUGUUUUAAAUCCUUGCUUUCGGAUCUGUCUGAGAUCUUCCAAAUAUAAACUCUUAUGAUUUUUUUGUUGCAAUUUGUUUUAUGAAUGCCUUCUACACUUGACAAAAUGAGUUUAUUAUGUUUACUCUUAGAAUAUAUAUUUGUUAAUUAUAUUGGUUUUUUUUAGAGGACUUGCACUGCCAAAUCUGUAACUCUGCAGUUCUAAAUUGUGGGGAAACUGAAAGAGAGUAAGUCUGUGUGAGUGUACCACUUUAAAUCAGAAAAGAUGGAUAUUUAAAGUGUUUUUUAUCUGAUGCAAUUGCUCUUUUUGCUAUGUGUAUUCAGCAAUGUGUUAAGAACUUGUUGAUCUCUCUUCCAAACAACAAUUUUAUUUCUUUUUUAACUGACUGAUACUUGAAUUAAGUGUAAGGAUACAUGGCUUUGAGAAUUAAUUUGUGUUUAAAUUGUUAUUGGGAAAAUUUUGUUGCCCAAAUGAUAUUUUCUCCAGUAAAUUCCUUUUAGCCAUUGUGUACUGUAAUGUAUAAUGUGUACUGUAAGUCACAUUGUUGUGUUGAUGCAAUUUUAUGUAUGUAAUUCUGCAGACAUACCAGGUAAAUUCUUUAGUGUAUUUAAUGACACAAGAUGCAUGUCUACCUUUUCCAAAAUCAUGUAUAAUUGUAUGUUUGUUUACUAUUUCAGUUCAAUCAGUAAAGGGAUUUCCAUAGUCAGCGAACAAGCUCAUUUUAUGUAACUGUUACAACUUUUUAUCUCGACUGUAAAAUGCAGUUUGACUAUACAGGGCCAAUUCAUAAAACAGCAGAAGGCUACUUUAACUACUUGUCAAUUUGUUAACUUUAUGUUAACUGUUAUUAGUCAACAUCUUACCAUUUUGCCAUAGUAACAAAAAUGAAACGGAUAGGUAAUAAAACUUACUUGAAAAGUUUUACAUUUUACUUUGAUUAGACAAAUUUAAUUAUACAUGUGCUGCUGAAUGUAGAGCAAAUUGAUACCUGCCCAUUUACAUUUGUAAAACAGCAUGGACUUACUUUGAUAAAAAAAGAACUUUAAAGGAAAAGUACUGUAAGACGAAUAUAUUUG